AUGCUUUCGCAACCUGCGUACACCCUUGCCCCCACCGAUCAGUUUCUACUGUUUGGUGACAGCAUAACACAGCAAUGCUUCUCGCCAAACACGGCUUUCUCGUUCGGUGCAGCUCUCGCGGACACGUACGUCCGUCGACUGGACAUCGUCAACCACGGCUUGUCAGGCUACAACACCACACAGGCUUUGCAAGCACUGCCGCUAUGCAUGCCCGAGCCGGAGGUGACCAAAGUGCGCUUCAUGACCAUCUUCUUCGGAGCCAACGAUGCUCGGAUUGCUGGCUCGCCUGGCGGACCGAGUCAGACCGUCCCUCUCAAUGAGUUCAAACGGAACAUCAAAGCAAUGAUCCAAAGUCCUAGCGUGGUCGCUCAUGAGGACAUACGCAUCAUCCUCAUCACCACGCCGCCCAUCGAUGAAAGAACACUAUCUCAGACCGACCACGAGAAGUAUGAGCAUCUGCCACGGAACACGUUGCGCCGAACGGCAGCCCAUACUGCUACCUAUGCUGAAGCCGUGCGCUCGCUGGGAGUAGAGCUGGACAUACCUGUAUGCGACAUACACACCGCGAUGAUUGCACGAGCGGGUUACAGUCGCUCAGCCAGCAUCUCCUCCGACCCAACAUCAUCAUCAACAUCUACCACGACCAGAAGACCAUCGGCCUCAACAUCGCGAUACCCAGCAAACCCGUCAAAUGCGUCCUCAUCGAGUACGACCGCUACAAUCAUCACGACAGCCACCUCCGUCAUAGCCUCACCAACCCCAGGCUCCCUCGACUCCCCAGAAAAUCCCACCCUCCAAUCCUUCUUCACAGACGGUCUCCACUUCUCCGGUGAAGGCUAUCGCGUCCUGUUCGGCGAAGUGAUGUCGUUGAUCGAGGAGACGUGGCCGAGUCAGAUGCCGGCGAGACUUCCCCUGCGAUUGCCGCCGUGGGACCUCCGGCCGGCUUGGCAGACGGCUGGGGAGGAUCUACCGGAGACGCGGAGGGAGAGCGGACAUCGGCAGUUUGCUGGUGGUGGAGGCAGUCCGGGUGAUGAAGAGGGCAUGAGGGUUGAAGGGACGUUUGAGGCUGUUGUGAGGGAGGUGAGGAGGCGUGCGUGA